AUGGCUAAGAGAACAAAGAAGGUUGGUAUCACAGGUAAGUACGGUGUCCGUUACGGUUCCUCUCUAAGAAGACAAGUCAAGAAGCUUGAAGUCCAACAACACUCCAGAUACGAAUGUUCCUUCUGCGGUAAGAAGGCCGUCAAGAGAGGCGCUGCCGGUAUCUGGACCUGUUCCUCUUGCAAGAAGACCGUCGCUGGUGGUGCGUACACCGUCUCCACGGCCGCUGCUGCCACUGUCAGAUCCACUAUCAGAAGAUUGAGAGAUAUGGUCGAAGCCUGA